AUGCCUACCGCACUUGGAUACCCUGGUCUUCAAUGUGUCCUAGAGUUUUUAGAUCCCAUGAGAAGAAUUCACAUUGUCUCUCGCGCCCAUUCUCUUCGAACCAUCGAUAAGAUAAUACCCUUGAGCAUAGAGGAACUCGGAAUAAAUGGAAAUUGUUUGAAUCUAAAAUACUACGAAAUAGAUAACUGCACCGACAACGAAUUGCGGUUCAAAAAUGGACGUUGGAAGGAUUUCAGAAGAAUUCGACCAUCAAAUCUGAAGACGGAAGAAGCAAUGAAAAAACUGCUCGUUUCAUAUUUGAAAGCUGGAUCAAAAAUCUACGUGAAGUGUUUAGUAAUUUUUUCUGCAAUUCCAGAGUUCGUGCCGCCAAAUCUCAUUCUUCAAAUCAAUGAGUUGAGAUGCUGUUUUCACUAUAUUGAACAGUUCCUGCCUAUUAUAGAUCAGAGCUGUUUUCCUUUGAAAAAACUCCGUAUUACAAUCAGUGAACCAUAUUAUCUGAACCAUCCAGUUCUAACUUCUGCUCAGGAACUCAUAGUUUUACACGGAUUUGACGGGGUCCCAAAAAUAAUCAAUCAAAACACGAACAAGCGUGUGACGUUUGAAACGUAUUGUUUCCGUACCGAAGAUCCCGUGGUAUUGAUUAGAAACUGGAUGAAAAGAGGAAAAGGAAUAGGGACGACGUUCAAGUUUCAUGAUUAUGAGGACAACCGCGUUAUGCAUUUCUUGGUGCAGAAGCUGAAGGAAUUUAAAACUGAGAGUAACCAUCACAAUCAGGUAACUCCAAUUCUGAGAGUCCCAAUUGAGCCAUUUGCUGAAAUACGUGUGUCUAAAGACAACGAAAAUUAUAUUGUCGUGGAAGUAGUUCCAAUAACUUUGAAAAGAGAAACUGAUGCUACUGAAGAGCCAUGUAGCAGUAAGAAGGCAAAACAAUAA